CACCCCCCACACGCGGAGAAAAUCAUUACCAAAUAGAGGUACCCGAGCGCACGCGGAGCGAUGGCUGCAGCAGCGGCAGCAGCAGCAGCAGCAGCCGUGGAUUGUGUUUACGACGCAGAGCACGAGAGCGGCACAACCUGGGGAGAAACGUACACCGCGCGCACCCGAUUUUUAAACGCACAAUCAUCCACGCGCAGUGUCUACUAGUGAGCCCGCGAGGCUUCUCGCUACAUCAGUCCGUUUUUUGCGAGGAUCCAGAACUGACUUGAGCUCGGUUAAUCGUUGUUUUGGUGUGCAGCUGCACGGGAGACCGACCUGCCUCCAGCCGGUAUCACAGAUGAGGUGAGCGAGCAAACCGUGGAAACGAGACCAUUCAUCUCCACCGUCAAAAUAUCACGCACGCCACGCCAGCGCGCUGUUACUGGAAUCUGGAUCGGCGCAGUAGCCUCCGGUCCCAUCGCCAUCCUGUGGCGCUGCACUUAAAGCGGGGGAUACCCGAGAGCAUCCCUCCAUCCCACCUAAUCCAUCCCUCCCUCUCCCUCUCCCUUUCAGCCUCUCUCACCCCAUCAUAUGCUAGAGCUCUAGGGGGGUGGGGGUCUCAUCUAGUCCAGGGACCAGGGGGGAGGAGGGAGGCUGUUCGUAGCCGCGGUAGACGCACCCUCCGCGUGGUGAGGCUGGGCUGAAGCGCCGCUGUGUCGGAGGAUGCUGCGGGAGUAGAGCGGCUCAGAGCGGAAGAUGGGGAAGGACCAGGAACUGCUGCAGGCGGUGAAGACCGAGGACCUGCUCACCGUGCAGAAGCUGCUGCAAAGGCCCCGGCCAGGGAAAGCAAAGCUCCUCGGUUCUGCAAAGAGGGUGAAUGUCAACUUCCAGGAUACAGAUGGGUUUUCUCCACUGCAUCAUGCGGCUCUCAAUGGCAACCUGGAGCUCAUCUCUCUGCUGCUGGAGUCACAGGCUGCUGUUGACAUCAGAGACCAGAAAGGUAUGCGGCCGCUGCACUACGCAGCCUGGCAGGGGAAGGCGGAGCCUAUGAAGAUGCUGCUGAAAUCUGGUUCGUCUGUCAACAGCCAAUCAGAUGAAGGACAGAUUCCUCUCCACCUGUCAGCGCAGCACGGCCACUACGACGUGUCUGAGAUGUUGCUGCAGCACCAGUCCAACCCGUGUAUCGUGGAUAACGGAGGGAAAACACCUCUGGACCUGGCCUGUGAGUUCGGCAGAGUUGGGGUGGUCCAGUUGUUACUCUCCAGUAACAUGUGUGCUGCUUUGCUGGAGCCCAAAAAAGGAGACACCACCGACCCCAAUGGGACGUCUCCUCUUCACCUGGCCGCCAAGAACGGACACAUAGACAUCAUCAGACUGUUGAUCCAGGCUGGUAUCGACAUCAACAGACAGACCAAAGCGGGCACUGCCCUGCACGAAGCUGCUCUCUGCGGCAAGACCGAGGCAGUGAGACUCCUGCUGGACAGUGGUAUCAAUGCCACAGUGAGGAACACUUACAGCCAGACUGCACUGGAUAUCGUCUACCAGUUCACCGCAACACAAGCCAGUAGAGAGAUCAAGCAACUGCUGAGGGAUGCGUCAGCAGCUCUUCAGGUUCGGGCUCUGAAAGAUUACUGCAACAACUACGACCUGACCAGCCUCAACAUCAAAGCAGGAGAUGUUAUUACGGUUUUGGAGCAGCACCCGGAUGGACGCUGGAAAGGCUGUAUCCAUGACAACCGAACAGGAAAUGAUCGGGUGGGCUACUUCCCGUCCACCAUGGUGGAAGUCAUCAGCAAGCGUACAGGUUUGGCCAGCACAGUCAUUUGCACUCAACAGUUUCAAAAGAUACCGCUGGUUCCCCCGGCGACGGUUGCCCCUGCCAACGCGGUAGUCAACGGCAACGACACCACGUUCCAUCAGAUCCAUAUCCUGCCUCCACCGCCUCCUCCUCCACCACAUUCCCAUCAGCCACUGCUUCCACUUUUCACUUCCUUUGGCUAUAACAGGUCGCCCGUGACAACUCCACAGGGAGACACACCCACUGCCCCAGGUUGUCGCGGCUCAGAGGCAAGUCCUCACAGCUCUCCCACCCCGUCCAGCGGGCCCCAUGGAGGCUCCAACGAAGAGAUCUGGGUACUGCGCAAGCCCGUGGCAGGUGGAGACCGAAGCAGUGUGGGUAGUUCUGGCAGUGUCACCAGUGUGCGAUCGUCAGGCAGCGGUCAGAGUGCCGGCAGUGCACCUCACAUCCUCCAUGCACAGGCUGAGGGGGUUAAGCUUCUAGCCACAGUCUUGUCCCAGUCUGCCAAAGCUAAGGAGCAUCUAAUGGAGCAGUCCAAGUCCGUGGACCAACCUCCAGCAGGCUCUGCCAGCUCCUCUCGCACAUCGAGCCAAUCGGGCUGUCCACUCCAUGAAGCGCCGCCUUAUGACGCCACUGCAACCAGGAAGGGGGAGGGGCCAGGCGAGGGGAAGAGCUCAGAGGCCGUUGUCCAAUGGCUGAGCGACUUUCAGCUGCAGGUCUACGCUCCAAACUUCCUGAGUGCAGGGUAUGACUUGCCCACCAUUAGCCGAAUGACCCCGGAGGAUCUGACAGCUAUUGGAAUAACUAAACCAGGUCACAGAAAGAAAAUGACAUCGGAGAUUAACAAGCUCAGUGUCACAGAGUGGCUGCCCGAUCAGAAACCUGCCAAUCUGGGAGAGUGGCUGUCUGCCAUUGGUCUGAACCAGUACCACCAGGUGUUGGUGCAGAACGGCUAUGAGAACAUCGACUUCAUCACUGACAUCACUUGGGAGGACCUGCAGGAAAUAGGCAUCACCAAACUGGGCCACCAGAAGAAGCUGAUGCUGGCGGUGAAGCGACUGGCUGAACUGCAGCGUGGAACAGAUGGGCGGGGCUCCCUCCGAAAGAAGCCUCCACCAAUCACACAGCAGCAGGAAAUCAUGUCAGUGGACAGCCCGCCUCCAGACGAGGUCAUGUCUCCAAAGAUGAGCACCUUCCAGGACAGCGAGUUGAGCACCGAGCUGCAGAGUGCCAUGACCCAACCAGGCCAGGAGGUCAAAGCUCAACGAACACGCAGCCUCAGCAAGGACCACGAUGAGGUGAUGACAGGAGGCGGGGGAGGAGGCACCGGGCCGCCUAAGAAGGAGGCGCGGACUAUGAGGCAGCAGAGCAGCCAGGGCAGCACGUCUUCCCACAGAGGCAGUGUCUCCUCUCAAGGCAAACACCGUCACUCCCACUCCCACUCCCACUCCCAGCCUGCUCCCCCCUACACGCCCCCUCACACUCCCACCAAGACUAGAACCUCAUCUUCCUCCUCCACUUCCUCCGUCCAGAGCGCAGCUUCCCCGCAGGCCAAACCCAAGCCGGCCCCCCAGUUUAUCCAGGGGGAGAGACCCCAGUCCCCGCGCUCACACACCCCUCAGUCUCCGACCCACCGUGGAGCUCUGUGUACCCAACCUCAGCCUCAGCUUCAGCUUCAGCAGCAGCAGCAGCCUCAGCCUCAGCAGCAGCAGCAGCAGCAGCAGCCGCCGCCUCUAGUCCAGCCACCGCACCAAGCACACCCUCAGCACCACCCACAGACACAGGUGAUGGAGGUCAGGGAGAGCCAACAACCACAGGUCCCCCUCCUCUGCCUCCCACCAGAGGCUGAGCUGGCUGAGGGAGAAGGAGCAGAGCCCUCGGCGCUGCAGAAGAAACGCGCCCACAGCCUCAACCGAUACGCCGUGUCAGAUGGCGAGUGUGAUGAGAGGGCAGGAGGAGGAGGAGGAGGAGGAGAAGGGGAAGCAGAGGUCAUAAGAGGUCAGAACUCAGUUGUCGUCAGAGGGGACGGAGGUAAAUACGCCACAGUGACCCACCGCGUCAGCCGCAGCCACUCGGUGCGCAACCAGGACAAGAACGCCAACCGCAACCAGACGCAGUCCUUUGCUCUGCGUCAGAAGAAGAAAGGGCCGCCCCCGCCGCCGCCCAAACGCUCCAGCUCCGCCAUCUCCAGCUCCAACUCCAACCUGACAGAUGCCAACGCACAGCAGCACACACUCACUACCACGGGGGGGAUGCUGGACGUGCCUUACCACCAACAGCGGCGGGCCAGCGACCUCGGGGUGUCCGUGGAAGCAGGUGCUGUGGAGACGAGCAGCAUGGGCAGCGUGAGGAGCAUCGCUGCCAUGUUGGAAAUGUCUUCUAUAGGGGGUGGAGCCAAAGGAAUGGCGCUGCAGAAGAAUUUCCUGCAGGUGGGGAAAACACGUGAUGCCAUUGGUCUGGAUGGCGAAGUGGUGAACCGACGGAGGACCAUCAGUGGCCCCGUCACCGAGCUGGUGGCAGCUGCCAGGCGCAACCAGCCAACUCCCUCCGCUCUCCCGUCUCCCUCCGUCCAGCCUGAGACCUCCCCUCCAACGAUAAAUUCCUCCUCCCCCCACCCUCCGUCCUCCCCCCACCCCAGCUCGGGAGGCAGCGGCAGCUCAUCGGAGAACCUGCCGUUUGCGGAGGAGGGAAGCCUGACGAUCCGCCGGCAGGGUCGAGGAGAAGGAGAAGGACAGUGUGUAUUUUGUGUCUGUCUGCAGGGGGAUGGGGAGGCUCCCCAGGGAGACGGAGGUUUCAACCAGGAUGACAUCUCCGGCGCCGAGGCCACGGCGACCUUGAAGCGACGGCCCCGCAGCUCCAAGCCGCACCCCAACGGCUCCGACUUCACCCUCCAGGAGUCGUCCACCGUCAAGCGACGGCCCAAGAGCCGCGACAAGGAGCCCGAAGGCUACGCAGACCUGGCCGCCGCGAACGGAGAGCCCGUGGGACUCGGGCCGCCGAACACCACGCAGCCGGUACCCUACCAGAACGGCACCGCCACCGUGAGACGCCGCCCGGUGUCUGAUGCUGGAGUGACGGAGCAGCCGCAACCUCAACCUCAACCUCAGCCCCAACAUCAACCUCAACCUCAACCACAAGUGACCGCUGCUCCUCGCAGGGACAGCGUGGAUCAAGGAGCUCCAGUAAGCAACGAAGGACCUCCGCAGAGGAAACCAAAGCCGCCGGUCUCCCCCAAGCCUGUGGUGGGGCAGAUAAAGAGACAAGGAGGCCCACAGACCCCCCCACAACCUGCUUCCAACAAGAGAGUCCCCCUGCCAGGCCCUGGCACGCCUGGAAGUCCCGUGGAAGGAAAGAAGAUCCCUCCACCGGUCUCGCCCAAACCAGUGCCACCGCCCACGGCGCCCAAACCGGCCAAACUCAUCCACUCCAUGACCAGUCCCCCCUCCCCUACCCCGGCUUCUGCCCCAGUCAAACAGCACUCUGCGGUGACUCGGCAGACCAGCUCACCCCCCUCUUUCCCCCCUUCCAACACUCCCAGUCCGCCAAAUGCCAAGCCGCCGAGCCCGUCUUCUCAGAGCCCCCACACCCCGCAGACCCCCACCACACCACAGACGCCCCAGACUCCGGCUACUCCCAGCCCGACACCGCCGCCCGUCAAGCCCCCUCGAUCCUCCAUCGGGGGAGUGUCGGUGGACAGCGGGAUGGUUGGAGGCGGCGUGACGGCGCCCGCUGCUACGACAACACCAGACUUCAGUGUGGACUCUCUGGUGCAUCAGAAACUGGAAGAGACGAGCGCAUCGCUGGCCGCCGCUCUGCGGGCCGUGGAAGAUAAGAUACUGCGGCAAGAGGACUCUGUGGCUGAGCAGAAGACCACGGUUAGCAUCCUGGACGACAUCGGCAGCAUGUUUGAUGACCUUGCCGACCAACUGGACGCCAUGUUGGAGUAACCACAGAAACCAGUCAGCGUGUCUCCACGGCAACGCUGCAACAGGAGUGACUCAGAUGGCACAACAGGCAACACGCCUCUCUAUCUCUCUCUGUCCCUCUCUUCUUCUCUUCAUCCUUCUCUCUCCGUUGUGCCCCCCCACCCCCACCCCUCACUCUUCCCGUCGUCCGUCCGACCGACCGACCGUCGCUGCUCUGGAAAAACCUCUUUCAUCCUCCUCUUCCUGCUCUUCUGUUGCUGAUGAUGAAAAUGAUGAUGGAGCAGUGACACAGGUCUGGACAGACAUGUCGCAGAGAGAGUGCAAGAAUGAAGGAUGGAUAAAGAGAGGGACACCAAAAGAGAGAGGUUGAAAAAAAAAAGGACCAAAAAUGUCUGAUGGGGAGAGGAGAUUGAAAAAAAAAAAAUCAGCAGAUGGAGAGAUGAAGAAAUGCAACAAAAUGGAGGAGACUGCAAUCAAAACAUGGGUCUUUUAAGAACUCUGCGCGGACUUGAACAAACAAACUAAACUAAUACUGAUUGAAAAACCAACUGUGUAAUGAAUCAUAGUAUGGUAUGUGUACAUUCUAAGCAUGGAGAGUUUAUAUCUACUGAAAAAGUCCUGCAUUAGCACACUAAUAUAUAAUAUACCGAUAAAUAUGAAUCUCUAGCUCUUUGGUUUGAUGUCUUGGUUCUGUGUGGAAUGGUGACCUCUGGUGUUGUGACGAUGUAAAUGACUUGGUGGAAAAAUUUUUUAUCUGUGACCAAAACGAGACUAUCCAGCUCCGGGAGUUUGUGUGUGUGUGUGUGUGUGUGUGUGUGCGUGCGUGCGUGUGUGUGCGUGCGUGUGUGCGUGUGUGUGUGUGUGUGUGUGUGUGUGUGUGUGUGUGUGUACGUGUGAUCGGGACAGUGUGACAGGUGUAUGUGUGUUAGCUCUGGGUUCAGCUUGUGGAUUGUUGGGAGUUUCAGGAUCAAAUCCAGUUUCCUGUCCUGGCUGCAUCCAUCCACUCAACUGCAUCCUCAUCAUCACCCACAACACACACACACACACACACACACACACACACACACAGGAGAAGCACAAUGACCCAUGCAGCCAGCGCACGCACACACACACACACACACACACACACACACACACACACACACACACAAACACAUGGGAGCCUGCACAAUAUAAGCUAAAUGAGAGAAGGGGGGGGGAGAAAACUGCAGCAAGGCUUCAGCAGAUUGUCUUGGAAGCAGACGUCAGGUCUCGGAGGAUUUCAGGAUGCACUUAAAGGGGUUUGAGGUGCAAGGUUUUAGCAAGGCAAGGUAAAGGCAGUAGAGUUGGUGAGUUCUUCAGGAGGAUGAGUCUCGGGGGUCAAAGGUCAGGUCAGCUUUAGUUGGUCCAAACGCCCCGCCCCCCCGUCCAAACACAAUGCAACACAAGAGUCAGAGCCUUGUGUCCAGAGAGAGCGAGGCCAAUGAACUCAGCUCCACCCAAACAGUUUCAAGUCCUCCUGAUACCUGCUGUUAAUUCAGUAAAACAAGGGUGUAGCAACAAACUUCAGGUUUCCCACACUCCCACACAAAUCUGAAUAACUUUUUAAUUUAAAUUCAGUGACUGAAAAUCGGUGUUGUUAUAGACACAUGAGAUUAUGUGAUUUCAAUGUUAAUAUAUAAUCAUUUUCAAACAGGGAUGCACUGAUCCAACUUUUUUUUUUUUUUUUUUUCCAGUAUGUUAACUCAGGGUAUCUGCUGAUACCGAUCACCAAUCCAAUAAAAAGAUUUUAAAAAAAGUUUCAAUUUAAAAUAGAUUUGAAUAGUAGUUGGAGUUUAAUGCGAUUUUCCCACAAUAGUUCAAUCAUCUUGUUAAAGAUUCUUCGUCGUAAAAAGUCGUCUCCCUCAUUUAAAACCCAGAGAUUGUGAUCAUGCAAAUGUGUUUCUUCUCACUACUAGUUGAACUGGUGAACUCAAACUGUUUCCUGCUUCACUGAAAUGUCAUUUUGUCAUUUAAUGUGCGUUACAUCACACGUCUUUACGUUGUAUAAUGGACCAAGUUUGGCUGAUGCACAUGUUGUGAUGUCACAAAGUCCUGCUGGUACAUCUGUGUGUUAAACUCAGGAUAUCAAGUGAGCACAGCAGGUGAAUGUGAAAACAGCCUUCUGGUGUCAAACUGUGCAUAUACCUUGUUCUGCACAGUGACACUCACAAACAUCGAAAUGAGCAAUAAGCAAAACACAUUUUUGACUGGAGGUGGGCUUUAAAACCUGCCAUGGAAUUUACUGGAAUCAUUUUUAUGUAAGGUAACAUGAGGGCAGGGAUUGCUGUGGAGUCAGCAGUCUGUCUUGAGUGUAACUGAUAGUGGAGAUACUGAACUUUCAAGUGAUGCAAUACCUGAAUUUAAUGAGGAGUGAUCCCAUCUGGCCGAUAAAAUCUAAUUAAUAAGAUCAAUAUUGACCCAGUGUCAGUGCAUCCCUACUUUUAAGAUCCCAUAUUGAUUAUUUUUGUCAAAUCUAUAACUUUCCGACAUCCCUGUGCGGGACCCUUGAGUUUAUUUCUCCGGGAUAUGAAGAAAAAACACAAAACACUAUAUAACCAAAACCCUUCCUGACACCUUAGCCGACAACCCCUCUCUUUCCGUCUUUAUCUCUCUCAUCCCACGUUCUCCCAAAACCUCCCACCCCCCUGUUGCCAUGACAAUCUACAUCAUCACGCCCACCAUCCUCAUCGGCAUCACUGUGGUUACUACACAGUGUGUUGCCAUGACAGCAUUUUCAUGGGAUUAAAAAGAAAAAGAAAAAAAAAGAAAAAGAUAAAUGUGUUAAGAUGGAGCAAGUGGUGCCAGAGAUCUGUGAAGCUGGAUGGUUUGUUUCAGUGCAACGUUCAGUUCCUAAAACCAACCAGAGCCUGCAUCCAGUGAGGUGCAGUGCUCCAUUUGCACCUCGGUCCAUUAAGAAAAUCACAGUCCCAUAGCAGCCACACUCCUUAUAUACAUGAAUAAGAAUUCAGAGAAUAGUUGUGGUAUUUAAAUUAUGAUCACAUAGAGAUUAUAUAUAUGGAUAUUUGCAAAAAAAAAAGUGUAUUUAUGAUGUAUGUGUCAUCCUGAAGACUAUUUUUCAAAGUAAACAGAUCUAAUGAGUGUUGAAUCAGUUUGCUUCUCCAUGCUUAAGUGGUCCGAGCUGAUGAAUCAUUGUAGGAUACCAUGUUGGGAUAUUUCCAGAAAGUGUUUUUUCUGUUUGUAUACUUUUUCUUAUUGUUAUUUUUUUUUUAUUUUUUCCUCUGCCUACAUGUGUACAUGUAUCCAGGUGUGGCGAUGUGUAUAAUACAAGCAAAUUCUUGUUGUUUAGUUGUAUUAUUUUCAAAUUGUUUUAAAUGCAACGUUCAUUUUUUUUUUUUUUUCUUUGAAACAUGUGCCUUGCUUUGUGAUUUUGGUCUGACUACAAUACAGUAGAUGGGUAUGUACAAAAUAUGGGGAUCUCUCUCUUUCCUCUGUUUUCAUUAUUUAUAUGUCGCCAUAAAAUAUAUAAAAUCACAUCUGAACAAAACACAAUAACUUACAGUGAUAUCUUUUCCCCCACUUGCUGUUCUGUUAUUCACAAUCAGUUAACACAUACAAGCCUUAUUUGUCUUUUUUUUUUUUUAAACUGAAUCUUCUUCAUCAGAUUGAAAAGUUAGGGACAAAUUUAUUCCAGUAAGACAGCUACACUUUGACCACUUGCGAUCACAUGCUUGCUGGAACAGCAACAUCUGGCUCUCCCGAGUUAGCUGCAGCAUUCAUGUGCUAAUUUGGCAGAACGUUAAAGGUAGUAAUAAAACAUUUGGGGAAAUAAGCGUAUUCAUGAGUUAUUUGAGAAGAUUGAUGCCAUUCUCAUGUCUGUAUGAAAAUUACUAAAAUACAGCAGCAGGUUAGCUUGGCUAAGCUUAGCAGAGAGAACAGUAAAGGGGGAAAGCUAGCUAGCCUGCUAAUUAGCAUGUUGUUUAUUUGAUUCGUACAAAAACUGGAGUGUAAAAAUGACAUUGUGGUUUUUUUUAGCUUUGGAUAAAGUCACGCCAGCUGUUCCCCAGUAAGCUAAGCUAACCCGCUGCUAGAAGUUAUAUCAUAUAAAGAAUGAAGUGAGCAUAUUUCCCAAAAUGUCAAAUUAAUUUUUUAAACUGUAGAUUACCAAAACAUCCCUAUAAUGAAAACUAACCAGUAAAAUGCCAGUCAUGAUGGUUGGUCCAGCUGUUAGUGGAUGUGUAGUAAAUUUCUUUUUACUCAAACAAAAAUUUCUGUGGGUAAAUUUCAUAUGUUGGUAAACCCGAAAAGUUCUGAUUUGUCAAUCCAAAUGGUUAUCAGAAAUUUCCAUGAUAGUUCAUGACGUUUUUCCACUAACACCCAUAGUAACUCCCCCCUGUACUUUAAACUUGUUACAACCACACAGACAUACCUCCCAUCAUCCACAACUGGAAGACGACAUCCUUGCUUUUGAACUUGGCCCGUCAUGUUAAAGCAACAUUUAGCCUUUUCUCCUCCAUCCUUCGGUCUCAUUUUGGUCAUGUGUCAUGUUGUAGGUGUUAUUUUGAAGUGUGUGUGGGGGUUGGGGUCUGAGUUGGAUCAGGCUAUGAAGGUGAAAAAACACAGUUGGUCAAAUAUGUUGUGGAGCAAAAGUAGUUCAUUUUCUUUCUCAAAAGAAAAAGCCAAGCUGUUUUUAUUUGAUUUCCCGCCUGUGCUUAUCUGAACAGAUACUGGACCGGUGUCUCCUCUGCUCUGCAGUGACUGUAUGUGAGUGCUUGAGAGGCCGAGUGUGUGUUACGUGUUGCUCUGCUAUUGACUGUAUGAAACCUGUGUGCGAGUGUGUAUGUGUGUGGACAGUGGUGUGCUUGCAGUGACUGCAUCUUAUGGCCAUCUGCUCUGAAUAAAUAAAUGUUAUAUACAAACUG